AUGUUUAAAAGAAAGGUUGCUGCCCAAGUAUAUCUAUCUAUCUAUCUAUCUAUCUAUCUAUCUAUCUAUCUAUGUGAUAUUGAUUUAGCUGAAACCAAAGAUGGUCGCUGGUUAGUGGCUAUUCAAGCCGUACAAUGUCCGGUUGGAAAUUAUAAAUUGGAAUAUAAGUUCCAAGGUUCGAACCAGUAUUAUAUCAAGUUGCAAGUAAGGAAUUUAAGAAUUCCUUGUUAUCAAGUGAAACUUUAUCAAAAGCGAAGACAGAUUUGGCUCGCUCUGCAAGCAACAAAAGACGGAUUUUGGGUUAUGAGACGUGGGCAGAAGUGGGAGCGGCCGGUAACACUUCCUUUGCAUAUUGAAUUGAUAGCUAUCAAUGGAGAGAGACUAAUUGACACGAUUCCAAAUAUUGGUGAGUCUAUAGACUUUCUGUGUUUCACUGCCGUGCCGAGACGACGUUUCAGUGCCUCUAUCAAUCUAUCUGUACCUGUCUGUUUUUCUCUCUAUCAAUCUAGUCAUCGCUCUUUCUCUCUAAUUACUUAUAUCUCGUUCUCUAUCAAGCCAUUUCACGCUAACACUAUCUAUCUAUCUAUCUAUCUAUCUAUCUAUCUAUCUAUCUAUCUAUCUAUCUAUCUAAUUCUGUUCAGAUCUAUUUCUCUCUCUAUCUCUAUCUCUCUCAGUCUCUUCAGAUUAUCUAUCUAUCUAUCUAUCUAUCUAUCUAUCUAUCUAUCUAUCUAUCUCAUUCUGUUCAUAUCUAUUUCGCUCUCUCCUCUCUCAUCAGAUUAUCCCAUCAUCAUCUAUCUAUCUAUCUAUCUAUCUAUCUAUCUAUCUAUCUAUCUCAUUCUGUUCAGAUCUAUUUCGCUCUCUCUCUCUCCCUCUCUCUCUCAGUCUCUUCAGAUUGUCCUAUCUAUCUAUCUAUCUAUCUAUCUAUCUAUCUAUCUAUCUAUCUCAUUCUGUUCAGAUCUAUUUCUCUCUAUCUCUAUCUCUCUCAGUCUCUUCAGAUUAUCUAUCUAUCUAUCUAUCUAUCUAUCUAUCUAUCUAUCUAUCUAUCUAUCUAUCUCAUUCUGUUCAGAUCUAUUUCGCUCUCUCUCUCUCCCUCUCUCUCUCAGUCUCUUCAGAUUGUCCUAUCUAUCUAUCUAUCUAUCUAUCUAUCUAUCUAUCUAUCUAUCUAUCUAUCUAUCUCAUUCUGUUCAGAUCUAUUUCUCUCUCUCUCUCUCUCUCUCUCUCUUCAGUCUUUUCAGAUUAUCCUAUCUAUCUAUCUAUCUAUCUAUCUAUCUAUCUAUCUAUCUAUCUAUCUAUCUCAUUCUGUUCAUAUCUAUUUCGCUCUCUCCUCUCUCAGUCUCAUCAGAUUAUCCUAUCUAUCUAUCUAUCUAUCUAUCUAUCUAUCUAUCUAUCUAUCUAUCUAUCUAUCUCAUUCUGUUCAGAUCUAUUUCGCUCUCUCUCUCUCCCUCUCUCUCUCAGUCUCUUCAGAUUGUCCUAUCUAUCUAUCUAUCUAUCUAUCUAUCUAUCUAUCUAUCUAUCUAUCUAUCUAUCUAUCUAUCUAUCUAG